CGGCGGAACUAAUUUCCGGGCGUGUUAUCGUUUACAAGCCCAAAACACUGAGCUCCAGUGCUGCAGUGAAGAAAACACAGUCGCGCCCGCCUCUCGUCUUCAGAAAAGCUGCCUGCUAGCAGUUUGUCUGGGUGGCUGAGCGCGUGGGAUCCGCCUGCACACGGCACCGGCGGUGGCGAGACACUCCCUGCGUGACCCGGACGAGCCAGCUGCCUGAUAUCAUCUCACAUCGCUAGUCAAGUCGGAUACUCCCCUCGAGUUGAUAUUGAGCGGAUUCCCACCACUCUUGUCCCUGCUGCCGAAACUGGUUCACAAAAGCUACAGUCUGCAGCCGUAGCUAGAACUGGAGUGAUCGAUCGGCGGCGCCAGCAAAAGAUGGAUUGAUUGAAAGCUGCAAUAGCUACACACGAAUCCACGACUGAAGCGGUGGACGGUGCUAGGAUCUAUUAGUGUUGGGCACCCAUUCUGUAGUGCAGUAGCUAUAGCUGCUGGGGAGAUGGCCAGACGAGUAGCGAGGGAAGAAUACGAGCACCUGUGCUGGAUGAUAAAGAAGUGGAACCGUGAUAGAUUGGAACUUUUUGAGAUCACCAUGCCUAACGAGAACCUCGAGUUCGAAGGGAUCAUGAGGUUCUAUUUCCAGAACAACACCAAAGAAAUGGAGCAGAAAGUGGCCACCAAAUGUAUCAGAGUCUCGAACACGGCCAACACCGACAGCGUCAUCGAAGCCUUGGUUCAGAAAUUUCGACCAGACCUCAGAAUGCUGUCCAGUCACUCGUCCUACGCUCUCUAUGAAGUACAUUCAAACGAGGAAGAGCGGCGAAUGGAGAGUGAUGAGUAUCCACUGAUGGUACAGCUGGGAUGGGUGAAUGGAGAGAAAGAAGGAAGAUUUCUUCUCCGACUGGAGGCCGACGGCGGAGGAAGGAAGGGGGACAACCGGAACACUGCCAACAAGCGGCCGGUGAAAAGGAGCAAGAAGGUGAAGAGGGAGAGAGAGGGAAUAGUCCCUGAAGACAUAGAGGGGAAGGGAAGGAUAGCUCGGUCGCUGUACAAUGUCAUGCCAGAGUCAAAAUUCACACGGAGCAUCACGAAAAGGAACGAGAGAAAUGGUCGGUUGCAAGGUCGCGAUGCUCCGGAGGAUACUCUGCGGGUGUACGCAGAUUCCCUUCUACCCAACGGGCCCUGCAAGUCGCUGCUGAUAUCUGCCAACGAUACGUGCGCUCAAGUGGUGAAAAGUUCGCUGGACAAGUACGGUAUCACGGAGGACCCGAGCGAGUUCUGUCUCGUGCAGGUCGUGAUUCCGUCCGGGCGAGCCAGCGAGAGCAACCCACAAGUGAACAUGGACUACAGCGAGUUCGUUCUCGGAGACAAUGAGCGCCCGCUCCAAUGGAAGGGAGAAGGAAUGGGAGGGAAGGGAGAGGUGGUCCAGUUUCACCUCCGGAGGAAGGACAGUUUCAGCUUCAUGCAGCGGCCUCACUCCAGCUCACACUCUCGCUCACGCUCGCAGUCACCAGACGACGCUGAUGACCUCUCGCUCCCGGCACUGGUGGAAAUUUUCCUCGACGCCCACCCCCAGCAGCGCCCUCACCGCUUCCUCCUGUCAGCCGAGACCACCGAAAUCGGAAGCAGCUCAGCGUUUUCCGUUGGAAAUACAGACCCCCGUGGUCAUCUCUGCCUCAGUUCACCUUCCAUUAGACCUCGGCACUGUGUCGUCAAAUUCAACGGUCAGUCGUACACCAUCGCCCCUCUUGAUAAGUCCGCUCAGAUCUUCAUCAAUAGCGACCCAAUACACGGGAUCCACGUCCUAGAGCACAACUCGGUGGUGCGACUGGGCGAGUACAAACUCUUCCGCUUCUUCGCUCCCAUGCCCCCUCCCCUGGGCGUCGCCGCGAGCAAUGGGGUGAAGACAACGUGGCAGAAUUCAAAUUCGAAUCACGACGGUUACGAAUUGUCGUCCCACGGAGGAGGCGGAGGGGACGUAUCCAGGGCAAAGUCGGUUGAAAACAUCCGCCAUUCUCACCUGGCGGACGAGAUUCAGCAGAGUUCGGUGCCGCGGCGAUUGAGAGGGAAGGCCUUUUCGGAGUACGACCUCCAGGCACAGAUGGUCGGGGAGGAGGAAGAGGAGGAGGAGGAGGGAGAGAGGAGAGAGAGGGAGAGAAAGAGAUCUGACCCGCGGACUAACUCCCAGCUGGACGAUAGGGUGAGACACUAUAAUUUAGCUUUAUAG